UUUGCAGAUCUGAAGGUUACAGUAUCAGACUCGGAUAGCAGCUACAAGACGCUGAGCUGUAACACCACCUGCACUCUGUCUAACAAGCCCACUUACAUCUGGUACAAGAACGGACAGCAUGUUACUUACACAAACAGAAAUGAACUGUAUGUCAGUAGUGGGGAUGCAGGCAGCUACUCCUGUGCUGUAAGAGGACAUGAGGAGCUUCGCUCUCCUGCUGUCUGUAUUUUUGAUGAGAAGAGCUGCUGGAGUGUGACUUACUCCACCCAGACUAUCUGCUCUCUGUUUGGCUCAUCAGUGGACAUACACAGUUAUUACACCUUCCCUCAUCAUUACAAGGUCACAGAAGCUUUCUGGUUCAUUAAAAAGCAGGCUGAUGCUGAGGCUGUGGAUGUGAGAGAGGAUGAGGAGUAUCAGGGCCGAGUGCAGUACACACAGAGCUCCCAGAAUAACUGUAGUCUGAGAAUCACUAACCUGACAGAGAGAGACGCUCAAACAUACGGAUUCAGAUUCUACACUGAUGGGGGUAAUUACACCGGCCACCCUGGAGUCUCUCUAUCUGUCACAGAUCUGAAGAUUACAUUACCGUACUGGAGUGACAAGUUCAUGAGCUGUUUCACCACCUGCUUUCUGUCUAACAACCCCACUUACAUCUGGUACAAGAACGGACAGCGUGUGUCUGACUGUAAAUCUGCCUCCUGCUCUGUAGCUGCAGUCAGUGGUGCGGUCAGUUACAGCUGUGCUGUUGAAGGCCAUGACAGUCUCCUCUCUCCUCCAGUGUAUUCCCCUAAAAACACCAGAGCAGUGGUUCUUUCCUCUGGACACACAGUGGAGGGGGAUUCAGUGACUCUGAGCUGUAGCAGUGAUGCAAACCCUCCUGUUCUCACCUACACCUGGUUUAAGCAGAGAGCAGCUGCAGACACACUGCUGACAACAGGCCAGAAUUACAGCAUCAGCAACAUCAGCUCCCGGCACAGCGGACUGUACUACUGCACUGCUCACAACCAGCUGGGACAGCACAACUCUACACCAACACACCUGGAUGUGUUACGCUCAGAGAAGAACACGGUGUUAAAGGUCAUCAUGGUGGGACUGGUCGUCUUCCUGGCAGUAACACUCCUCUCAGGAGCUCUGUGGAUGUGGAAGAGGAAGAGGAGCUCAGCUAAUGGCCACAGCAGCACUGGUGACAGCGGACAGUCUGCUGCUGUGUAUGAAAGUAUCCCAGCCUCAAACCUUUGAGGGAGAGUCGCCUCAGAUGAUCAGGAUAACGUUCACUGUACCAAUGUUGUUAUUGAACACUCGAUUUGAUCAGAGUAGCAGUAUUGAUGCUUCAGAAGUGUAUUGUAGUGCUCAUAUAGUACUGUCUGCUGAUUCACCUUAACAGUUGUAUAUGCAGGUCAGGAUUUUUAACAGGAAUUUAGCUUAAGGAUUAAUCUUUUUUUUACAUCUACACUUGUUCUGUUAUUAUUCUUAUUAUUAUUUAUUAACACAUUUUUUUUCCUUACAUUUAUUUUAAUGCUAAUCAAUUUACAAUGCUCUUUUUAUUUAUAGUGAUCUGUAUAUGCUUUCUUUUUGUAUUCUUUUAUUUUCCAGCAAUAAUUCUGAAACUUUUUUUUAUGAAGUUGUUUAUUACAUUAUUCAACAUUUAUCAUUGAAUGAUAAAUAAAGUAAUAAUAAAUCUGUCAGUUCAGGCAUAACUAACACUAAAUAGUUUGCUAAUGAAUUAAUCAGAAGUAAAACAUCCUGUUAUUAACCUAUAUUUCCCAUUAGCUAGAAUUUGAUUUGCUGCCUAGCCAAUUAUGUUAGCUAUGUUAGCUGGGAUCGAUGCUAGUCUAACCUGGCAUUAUUCUAACCUGGCCAGUGGAUUAUUCAUCUUCAUAUGCGCAUGACUCUUAAUUUCACCAGCGUUAAUGCUUUGUGGUCGUUGUAUCACGUCUGAAAUCACUCAUGCAGACGCAACACUGUGGGUGGAGUGCGUGUGGGUUUGUGUACACUCUCCAGUUACAUUCCAUAUAGAUUAUUAUUAGGAUCCUUAUUAAGGGUUUACUUAUGAUUUGGUUUGAUGGAUUAUCCCAGUCCACUGUUGCAUUCUCGAUUCUGAUUGGUCAGAAGGUGAUGAUUAAUUUUCUAUAACAGCAGCUCUGACAAUAGUUUCAGCUGUAAUUCAAAUCACAGGUUUAUAUUCAUGAACUUGUUCUAAUAUGUUAUCAUUUCUAUGGUAAGAACCUAAUAAAGGUAAUCAAUACUAAUAACUGAAAUUAUUACUACUGUCGUCUGGUCUAGUCUAGUCCUAUAACCUCAUUAAUUUACAUUUAAUUGAGCUCUAGUCCUUUACGUGUUACAGCAUAGGCAAGGCUCAUGUGGGCUUAUCUGAAGAAAAUACAACUCUGAAUUUAUUUUCCAUUUAAUUAGUAAUCUCUAUCCACUGUAUCUGUAGAACAAGAUUUUACACCAAGAUACAGUUAGAUCAGAAAAUCUGUUCACUCGAAACUCACACAGAAUGGAAAUCUAAGAGCAACUCUUUAACUCCAUCAAUAAACAUAUUUAUUUUUAAUGAAACACUUUUCUGAACUUCAGUUCAUUUUUUAUUUUAUUUUUUUAAUACAUAAAUGCAGUUGUAAAUGUGUUAAAUGUGGCUACUUUUUCACAGGAUGACAUUUGUGGUCAUAAAUCAUUAUCUUGAACCAAAAAAAAAAAAAAAAAAAACCCUCAAAAGUUGAUAAGAUUUACUGGAUGCAGCUAAUAAUAAUGAAAAUUGUAGACUUUCUGCAAAUAAAACAGCUUUAAUUUGAGCGUAUACAUCCAAAUCGGGUGAACACUGUAGGAAUUACAACCCUUUUUAUAUUUGGAAGCAAUCCCCCAAACCUCCCCCCAUCCCGAAAUAGUUCUGGGAUUACUACAUGGAAUCGUUAUGACAGCAAAGAGAGCGCUACUGUUCAUUCCGGUCCUCACAAUCUCACAAACACAGAGAGUGCGAGUAUCUCAAUGUUUCAAAGCAACCAGAAAAAGACAAACGCAUGUUUCUCACACACAAACACACACCAAAAAGAUCAUUUAAACAACAAUGAAAUGAAUAACGAUAAUACGUCGAGGCCGUUUGUGCUAUAAUGUUGAUGGUAUUUUAGCUUGAUCACUUUCAGUGUUUAAGUUUACAGUAACUGUACCAAGUUCUUCUGUUUCUCUCUUCUCAU